AUGGUGGCAGAGACCCCAGCCAUGGAGAGGCUGGUUGUGGGUGGGGGGGUCCCAGGCCCUGAUCCCGGGAAGGGGCACCACCCGGAGCAAGCCAGCCGGGGGAAGAAAGGAAGAGAGGACGGCCAGAGAGAGAGAAAGAAGCAGAGCUCUUCUCCCAGGUCUGCAGCUCCCAGCUCCCAGACAACCCCAGAAUCCUGGCCCUCUCCCUACCCGUCCCGGUCCCUUUUUAAAGCUGCAUUUCUACUCCCUGUUUCCAGUUCGAGCAAAUUCCGGAAUGGAGACUGGAAGGCAGCGUGGAGCGAGGGGCUGGGAUGGGAAAUCGAUGGCACUUACACCUCCGCGGGAAGGAAGAGGGGACCAGCAGGCGCCGCUGACGCUCCCGGCCGCCGGGGUGCCGGAAGCCCGGCCUCAGGAUCGAUCGAGGUAGAACAGAAGUUCCUCUUUGGGCCUGGCACCGAGGAGAAGCUGGUGGCCCUGGGGGCGACUCUGGCAGGAAACGUCUCCUUCCGGGACCGGUACUUUGACACGCCUGACUGGCGCCUCUCCAUGGCAGACCACUGGCUACGGAAGCGCGAGGGGACUGGCUGGGAGCUGAAAUGUCCGCCAGAGGGUGCUGGCGUUUCGGGCCCAGCCACGGAAUACCGGGAAGUGACAUGCCCCCUGGAGAUUGUGGCCCAUGUCUGUGGCCUACUGAGCGUGGACUUGCCAGCAGGGUUGCGCAACGACGUGGCACGAGCGGUGGAGGAACUUGGCCUGGAGGAGUUCGCCAGCUUUGUGACCCAUAGGCGCAAAUAUCGUGUGGCCGGACUGAGCGUGGACCUCGACAAGGCAGAUUUUGGCUACGCCGUGGGGGAGGUGGAGGAUGUGGUUGGGCGGCAGGAGGACGUGCCGGAGGCUCUGGAGAGGAUACAGGAGCUGGGCAGGAAGCUGGCAGACUUGGAUGAGAAAACCCGAAUCCCUGGAAAGAUGUCUGUUUACCUGCACAAAUUCAGGCCUGAGCACUACGAGCGCCUCGUGCGAGAUGGGAGGUUGCGGAAAGUGAGGGACACAGAAGCUGCGUGA